AUGGCGAGAAAUCCUACCCAGAUCGAUGUUUACAAGACCGUGGUCCAACCGUUUAUCAAAGAAGUCCUUCAAGACUAGAACUGCACGGUCUCCGCUCAUGGUCAAACCGGAACGGGGGAAACCUACACGAUGGAAGGCAUUCGCUCUCAAACAAUGCUCCUUUGGCAACACGACCCUCACGCAGGAACAGUUCCCAGAGCUCUUCAUCAGAUCUUCUCCGAAGUCGGAGAUCCAAAGCUAACCAUGAUCAAAGUCUCCUUCCUAGAGUUAUACAUCGAGGACCAAUUCGACCUUCUCGACUCCGGUGAGUUCCAGACCUCGAGGCCAAAGAUCUUCGAAGACUCUACCGCGUAAGGAUCCGUGGUAGUCAGAGGCCUCUAGAAAGUGGUCGUUCGAGAUCGGCAGGAGGUAUAUUCGCUGAUGGUUGCUGCUACCUUGAUGAACGCGUCGAGCUCGCGGUCUCAUACAAUCCUCACCAUCACCGUCACCUCAAGAGAUACGACGGACACGGGAGAAAACCUGAUGUACUAGUGACGGACUAGUAAACUAAACUUGGUGGGCUUGGCGGGCAGCCCGCCAAGAGACAGCUUGAGGUGGAAAGUAAUCGAUAAAUUCAGCGCUCUUCUGAGCUCAUCCCCAGAUUCGAGUGCUCGACGGGCGGAAGACGCUGCCGACGUUUUGACCAAAACUUGUGCUCCGAAGGAGGAGGGUGUCUUCCACAGCCUCCGAGAAGGGGGACGACUGCUUCAAGAAGUUGACGCCUUACUCGGAGAGGUGGCCUGGGAGCAUCUCGAGAACAGAGGGAAGUUUUUCAACAACAUCUCCCGCGUGAACGACAUCGCCAAAAGCUCGAUAGAGGCAUUGAAACGAAUCGAUUCUUAA